GCUCUGGCAGCUCUGCAGGCUGUCAUGUCAGAGGAGCUGUGUGUAUGAGCUGCUGAAGUGUGCAGCUCGUCGGGAGAGGAAUAGAAAGCCAGAGUCCAGAACACCUACAGAGGCCUAAGGAGCAAGUUGUAAGAAUAGUUAGAUUUAAAAAUGGUUGUAGCAGGUGAGAUGGAUUCCAAUGUUACGGAGACGGAGAGCUUUUGGAAUAUUCUCCAGGAGAUGGACCCAGUAUGGAUCACCACUGUUCUCCUGGUGCCAUGUGUAGUCGUGCUGACAGCUGGAUUUUUCUACCUCUAUAGCGUGAUUAUGGGUCUGUUGUCCAAAACAUCUGUACGCAAUAAAGUGGUGGUUAUAACCGAUGCUUUAUCUGGGCUUGGAAAAGAAUGUGCAGGUGUGUUUCACAGAGGAGGAGCGAGGCUGAUCCUCUGCGGGAAGAGUUGGGAGAAACUUGAAGAACUGGCCGAUGACUUGGCAAAUGCCUCAGACCCCACUGUGACGUUCCCCUCUAAACUGGUGCUGCUGGAUUUUGGAGAUAUGGACAGCAUGCCUGAGGUGAUCUCAGAGAUCCUGGAGUGUUACGGCUGCCUGGAUAUUCUCAUCCUCAACAGCAGCAUGAAAGUCAAGGCACCUGCACAGAGCGUGUCUCUGGAGAUGGACAAGUUACUGAUGGACAACAACUACUUUGGACCGGCCACACUGGCCAAAGGUUUGCUGCCCGCCAUGAUUUCGAGGAGAACCGGUCACCUGCUCCUGGUCAACAGCAUCCAGGGGAAAAUAGCUGUACCUUUUCGCACCUCAUACGCAGCAUCUAAACAUGCAGUUCAGGCCUUCUUUGACUGCCUGAGAGCUGAAGUAGAAGAGUACGGCAUCUCCGUCAGCACCAUCAACUACACCUUCAUCAGUCGCUCUGCAUCGACUGAAAACACAGAGCCAGCCUCCAAAUCCAUCUGGUCAUUGUUGUACUCUCGGAAACCUCUCGGCGUUUCUCUAGACGAGGCAGCGACAGAGAUCAUAAAGACUUUAAGCAACAAGAGGAAAGAGGUGGUAAUUGCUCCCUCGCUCCCAAAGGUGGCCGUCUACGCUAGAUCCUUCUUCCCUAAUGUGUUCUUCGCUGUGAUGGCUGCAGGAGUGAAGAACACCGCUGCCUCUGAGAACAUGUAGUGCCGCUGGUGUACACUGUAAUGAUAAACUGUAAUAACUGAGGAUAUUAAUGAAAUGGUUUUAUGUUUUAUCGUCCUUUAAUCCAGGCAGGCAAUCUAAAAAUAACAAUGAUAAUCUAUUUGUUUUUCCUGUUGUCCCAUGAAGUCUUCUGAGCUACAAUUAAAAUUGCAUUUAAACCAUGUGAGUGUGGGUCUUACAUAUACUGACAGAAAUAACAAAAUUUAUGAUUGAAAUGAUGAUUUAAAAAAAUGUAUUUGGCCUGUAAAGAACAUCCAAAGGACACUUCAUAUGUAUAGUUAAAUGUUGAUUUUCCAUAGUUUUCUCUCCAUCUGCUCUUGUAUUUGUAGAUUUAGAAUACAAAUAAACAUACGUAUGUCUAA